AUGUCGGAGAUGUGGGAAGAGAUUGGUGAAGUUGAUGAAAAUUAUGCUCCCAUUCACACAUACCAAGUAUGCAAAGUUAUGGAACAGAAUCAGAAUAACUGGCUCUUAACUAGUUGGAUAUCCAAUGAAGGUGCUUCCAGAAUCUUCAUAGAGCUCAAGUUUACUCUACGGGAUUGCAACAGCCUUCCAGGAGGACUGGGGACCUGUAAGGAAACUUUCAACAUGUAUUAUUUUGAGUCAAAUGAUGAAAAUGGCAGAAACAUCAAGGAAAAUCAAUACAUCAAGAUUGAUACCAUUGCUGCUGAUGAGAGCUUUACAGAACUCGAUCUUGGUGACCGGGUCAUGAAACUGAAUACAGAAAUCAGAGAUGUAGGACCCUUAAGCAAGAAAGGAUUUUAUCUUGCAUUUCAAGAUGUAGGUGCUUGUAUUGCUCUGGUUUCUGUUCGUGUGUACUAUAAAAAAUGCCCUUCUGUGGUAAGACACCUGGCAAUCUUCCCUGAUACCAUCACUGGAGCUGAUUCUUCACAGUUACUUGAAGUGUCAGGUUCCUGUGUCAACCAUUCUGUAACAGAUGAACCACCUAAAAUGCAUUGCAGUGCUGAAGGGGAGUGGCUGGUGCCCAUUGGGAAAUGCAUGUGCAAAGCAGGGUAUGAAGAGAAAAAUGGCACCUGUCAAG